GAACACCCUUCACAGGUCCGCUAGUAAACCACAGCAGUAGCAGUAAUUGAAGCUGCCGUCAGUAGCAAAUUCCUCAAAUUCCUAUCCGAUUCUUCUCAAUUUGUAUCAAAAUUCAAAGAGCAAAAAAUAGGGUAACGAAAAAGCUAUGGACGCAACAAAGUUGAAUCAACUGAAGCAAUUCGUCGAACAGUGCAAGUCCGAUCCUUCACUUCUCUCCGAUCCUUCUCUUUCCUUUUUCCGUGAUUACAUUGAAAGUCUUGGUGGUAAUAUUCCUCCAGCGGCUGGAGAAUACAAAGCGAAGUCUCAUGCAGUGGAUGAGAGUGAUGAAGAAAUGGGUGAUCUUGAGAAUGAGACUCAUAAAACAGGGACUGCUGAAGAGGAAGAGGAGCCUGAGAUAAUUGAAUCUGAUGUUGAACUUGAUGAGAGUGAGGUUGUGGACCCUGACAAUGAUGAGCCACAACAGAUGGGAGACCCCUCUGUGGAGGUUACUGAGGAAAGCCGUGAUGCUUCUCAAGAGGCCAAAUCUCAGGCCAUGGAAGCAAUUUCUGAAGGUAAGCUAGAAGAAGCAAGUGAACUUUUGACAAAGGCAAUUCUCCUCAACCCUACUUCAGCAAUUAUGUAUGCUACCAGAGCCACAGUAUACAUCAAAAUGAAGAAACCAAAUGCAGCCAUACGAGAUGCAACUGCAGCCUUAGAGAUCAACCCAGAUUCAGCUAAAGGAUAUAAAUCACGUGGCAUUGCACGAGCCAUGCUUGGACAAUGGGGUGAAGCAGCCAAAGAUCUUCAUGUGGCCUCCAAGCUAGACUACGAUGAGGAAAUAAGUGCUGUGCUUAAGAAGGUUGAGCCUAAUGCACGUAAAAUUGAAGAGCACCACAAGAAGUAUGAAAGGCUGCGUAAAGAACGAGAAGAUAGAAAGAUUGAGCGUGAGAGACUACGAAGAAAGGCUGAAGCUCAGGCUGCUUAUGAAAAGGCCAAGAAGCAAGAAGAAUCAUCAUCAAGGAGAGCUGGUGGCAUGCCUGGGGGCUUCCCUGGUGGCAUGCCUGGGGGCUUCCCUGGUGGCAUGCCCGGGGGCUUCCCUGGUAUGCCCGGAGGCUUCCCUGGUGGCAUGCCCGGGGGCUUCCCUGGUAUGCCCGGAGGAUUCCCUGGAGGCAUGCCUGGGGGCUUCCCUGGAGGUAUGCCGGGGGGCUCCCCUGGAGGCAUGCCCGGAGGCUCCCCUGGGGGCAUGCCUGGAGGAAUGCCCGGUAAUAUUGACUACAGCAAAAUAUUGAAUGACCCUGAACUAAUGGCUGCAUUCCAGGACCCAGAAGUCAUGGCUGCGCUACAAGAUGGUAUGAUGGAGGAUUUUCUUAUACUUCUCCAUUUAGGAGAGUCUAUUCAGACUCUUUUUUCGGCUUACCCACGUUGAACUCUUUUGUUCAAUUGGACAUCAAUGGAUAAUUAUUAGAUUUAGCAAUGAGAAUUUCCUGUGUCGCUACCAUGCAUCAGAGGAGGAUGCAAUGUAUUUGAUGUCAAUCAUAUAUUAAUGCCAGUUGGUAGCACUUGAAUUAGAAACUAGUUUCUGGAUAAUCAAAGGAUAGGUCUAAUAAAAGUCUUCUAGGCUGCAUGAUCUAUCGUGUAGCUCCUAUACAAAAGGAUAACUAAUUAAGAAAGUAACCAUAAAUGGAUAUGAGAGUUAAUUACGAAGAUAAUCAAAAUAACUACUCCCUCCGUUCCAAUUUGUGUUACAUACUUUCCUUUUUUAUCAGUCCCAAAAAGAAUGAUUUCUUCUAUAUUUGGUAACAAUCCAACUUUAAAUUUCCUACCUUAUCAAAAAGAAACUUUAGAUUUUCCUUUAACCCUUAAUGAGCGGAUUUCUUUCCACACAAGUUUCUAUGAUUUGUAGUAAACCACAAGGUUCAAAAGUCUUUAUGUAUUUCUUAAACUUCGUAUCCAAUCAAACACCUUCACA